UCACAACCUGACUCACUCACUGCCUUGUAGCUAUAACUCAGUGUAGUAGAAAUAGAAAUCCAGUUGGUUGGUGGCUGCAUCAAAGUGUACUUGCACCGCUACUCUCUUUUGUUUAUACGCCGAUCGCAUUGACAAUUCGGUGACCAUUAACACAGAUCGAGUUUUCUUCCUUAUCCUGCUCUUCCAAAAAUGGCCCGUUCGUUUGUGCCUGUGUAACCGGUGGCUGUGCUGUGUUUUGAAUCUGUUCUGUUUGUUGAAAUAUCCUUUUUGUUUUCUCGAACUGUGGAUAACAUGUCAUGGUGAUUUUACCAUCGUGACAAUGCAUUAUGGUUUUCAUGCUUCGCUUGAUAUCAGGUCUCCUCAUUGUAUCCUUGUAUGCAGUGGGUACGACAGAAAUAACAACGCCACACCUCGAGAUUUCGAACGAAACAUCAGCAAACGAUGGAAAAACAAAGACUGAGCCAUUAUCAGUUAGAUAUAACACCUUGGCCCCUUACAAACCGAAACCGCUAACUGACCAAGAUGUCGAGAACAUAGUUAAGCCAUUCAAAUUCGCCAAAGAAAGCGAAAAGAACAUCACCAGCGUGAAACUGAAAAAGUCUGAACCGUAUAAAAUUCCAAAAGAACAAAACAGUGGAGCCAACAGAACUAACGCGGGACGAUCUGUCGACACAGACGUCGAUAGUUUUUCAACCCCAGUCGACCACAAUGCUGUUUACACCAUACCGGACAAUAAAGAAUACACCGCAGAGGAUGACAGCUUCAGAUCACAUCACAGUACUGAAGAGGUCAGUUCGUUUGAAAACUUAGGACCGCUGACAACCCCGAAAACACCCUAUUUCGAUCAAAAAUUCCAAGAAACGGUGGACAGUUUGAACAAACAUCUCCAAAGCAUAUCAGAAUCGGAUCUCAGUGACUCCACGCCCUACCAAAACAGAAGCUCCGACAACUUCAUUGACGGUCUGGAAGAAACCGUGGACGAGGCAAAAUUAGAAUAUAAAACAUUAGAAACAAUAACGAACAACAACACGACACACCAAAACAAAGGUGAAAAUGUAACGGAAACAAGAACGACAAUAAACUAUAAUCGCAAUUACAAUACCUCAACGUCAUACGACAUUAACUCACCGAGUGAAGAAAGCAACGAGCUACACAAGGAGGCAGUGAAACAUUUGCUAAAUGAUGAUACUAUUAACGAAGUGAGAAAAAAUCCAUCUAAAGUUGAAGCUCCAAUAACACAAAACUCAAUAAUAACCACUCAGAAGUAUAGCAUAACCAAGACUUCCACAGAAAGGGAUGACACAGCAAUAAUAAGCAAUAGAAUAGAAGGAGAGACUACGGCUACUCCAUUAUCUACACUUCCCCUCUACACCAACAAGCCAAAUAGAGGUUCAAUCAAAUUUUCCGAUUACAACAAGAUAAAUUUAAAAACAGUUUCAACGUCUCCUGAAACUAAACCAUCCGAACAAACUGUUGAAGAAAAUCAGGUUGUGCCAGUACAUGUCACUGCACCAAAUCAAGAGAAAACAUCUGUAUCUUCCACCCAGAAAAAACAAUCUGAAUCAAUAACAACUGUUAAAACCGAAUCCGUAGUGCUCAGAAAUAACACUGUGGGGCCAGAUGAACAUCAGAGUACAACUGUUUACAUAUUCGUACAACCUGAAGAUAUGAAAGAUUUAACAACAACAAUCAGGAAUGAGAUCGAAGAGGUCCAAAAAACAUCUGUGGCUUCAACACCGAGGACAUUUCAACCAGUAUCCUCAACUCUUGGGUCAGCCAGUGAGGCUACAAUCACAGUGAAGAAUCCUGAAGAAAUCACCACUGUUUUUGAACUAAACGAAAGGACAACAGCUGUUACAUCGAUUCCUAGAGGGUUCAGUUUGCCCACCACAACUGAUUUAAGUACAUCCACCGAAAGACCCAUUGGAGAAAGAGGAGAAACUACUACUUCUAUUCCUGUUAAACACGUUGAUCAAACUACAACGGAAGUUUAUUCCACGAUAGAACCUACAUCCGAUAAUCCAGACUCUACAACUUUUGAUGGAUUAGAAGUUAAAGUUACAAGCAUUAUUGCAGAAACUACAACAUUACCUUCUGAGGGAUAUACAAUGGAAACAACAACAGGUCUUCCUGAACCAACAACAGUUUUACCUGAUACUACAACUGAAAUAAUGGAAGCAACAACUUUCCCAGAAUUAAGAUCUUCGAAAAACAUUAAAUUCUUGGAAACGACUGAAGUUUCCACAACGCCAUCCUUCGAGACUUCAACCUUCAAACCAGAAACCCCUACAGAGACUGCAACUUCAAUCCCAGAAUAUUUACCGGAAACAACAACGAUAAUGAUGACAGCCGAGAUGACGACUAAGAUGGAAGUAACAACUGAAGGUAUCACCACCGUUCCAACCACAACAUCAAAUGAAGUGACUCAACCAGUUUACAAGGAACAAACUUCCGAAUUGGUUACCAAAGUGAUAGUUGAUACUACUCCGACAAAAACUCUGUUUGAGAACGAAACAACCGAAGACAAAUCCACUCAAGAAACAAAAACUACACCUUCGACAUCUUUCAACUUCGUUCAUAUCAAGAAUAUCGAUAGGAAUCACACAACCUUGACCCCUGACGAGUUGAAGCCGAAUGAGAUCUAUACAACUCCUGUGGUACCUUCUGAAUCUAGCGAGAAUAUGAGGACUGUUACUGAAACACCUUCGGACGAGACAACUUCUUCUGGUUUGGAUGGUCCUAGCAGUGGUAGUGGGACAGUAGUAGCUGUCAUCAUCUCCUGUGUUGGGGGAAUAUGUUUGAUAGCUUUGGCUUGUUUAUUGAUUGUCAUGAGGAACCGUCAGAACCGCUUCAAUUAUGGACAGAGAUGCAGACCUGUUUCUUUGGACGAUUACAGCGUUGAUAACGUUUCUGUUUUCAACAGUGUAAGGAGAAAAGCUGCUAUUCGAGGAUCCAAGACUUCUUAUGGUAACCCAGCAUUCGAAGAUCCAGUCUGCCUCAGUCAUCCACUGAACUUCCCAGCCAUUUCCAAAUUCGCCAGCAACGAAGAAGACGUGCACGCUGAGUUUAAAGACAUUCCUCAGAUAGUCGCCAGGACAUCAGAACUACCAGACGGAUGCGAAACUAAGAACAGAUACGCCAACGUCAUACCUCUACCUGAAAGCAGGGUGUUUCUCAACAGUAUAGAAGGAUAUCCUAAUAGCGAUUACAUAAACGCUAAUUUCGUUGCGGGGCCUAAAAAUACCAGAAAGUAUUACAUCGCCUGCCAAGCUCCGAUGUCUAACACUGUUGACGAUUUUUGGCGGAUGAUCUGGGAACAACAAUGCAAAGUGAUUCUGAUGCUGACUCACUUGUUUGAAAACGGAAUUGAAAAAUGUUUCGAUUAUUUACCACCUUCAGAAGUGCUCGACUGUCAUCGGCUGUUUGGUGACUACCAAGUCACUCUGAAGAAACGAGAGGUCAAGGAGAAAUAUAUCAUUUCUAGUAUACAGUUGAAGAACAUGGUUUCUAACAGUUGGAGAGAGGUGACCCAUUUCUGGUACAUGGGCUGGCCAGAAAAAGGAGUUCCAACCGAAGCCAAUUCCAUAAUAGCUUUUCUGAUCGAAGCUAGGAGCUUCAUGAAAACCGUAACAAUCGACAAGAAACAAACUAUCAGGAACGGUGACAUGAACGGAACUGCUGAUGUGAACCCUGUGGUAGUCCACUGCAGUCCUGGAACAGGAAGAACUGGUGCUGUUAUAACUUGUGAUAUCGCUAUAAGAGAAUUCGAACAAACACGUCAAGUGGACAUUCCGAAGAUAGUUUAUAAGAUCAGGAGAGAUAGGGCUGGCGCAGUGCAAACUAAGGAACAGUAUGCGUUUAUUUAUAAGGUAAUCGACUUGUAUGCAACAAAACUAGCUGGUGGUAAUCUGGAAUCGAUAUAGGAACGAUUUUGAGAGGACCACCCGUCAUGGAAUUUUUGUGAUAUUAGUAUCUUUGGAUGUUUCGACUGAGAAACUUAGGGAAAGAAAAAACUAAGAUUUAAUUUUAUGACCAAAAAAAAGUAUUAUGGUUAAUCUGCAAUAUUAUAUCCAUCCUUGGAAUUCCGUUCAAUUAGGUAAAAUAAGACUAUUUUAUACUUUUCUCAUUUUAUGUUACCCCAUUUCAGUGACCUAUCUACCUAUAAAAUUUGUAUAUAGUUGUAAAACUUUUUUAUGUAUAUAAAGGUGUAUUCUUGAAAAAUUACUAGUUGUGUAUUAUGUUUUAUCUCAAAGGUCUCAUUUCAUCGUUGUUUUUUUUUUAUUCGGUGAAUAAAUUUAUUUUAAAUCAAACAAUGAAUAAAUAUUUUGAGUAUCGUC